CCUUUUCUCCCUCUUUUUCCUCUUAAAAAGAAAGAAGAAACUACACAAAUGCCUAUUACAAGCAAAGAAACAACAACAAUGAAUGCAGCAACAACAACAACACUAAUGGAAGAAGAAACAAACAAAGACUUCCCUUUUAUCAUGUCUUCCUCUACUUAUCCUAUCACCCUUAAGUUCAUGGACAUAAGUUAUAGGAUAAAACUUGAGAAUAAAUCAACAAGUGGUGGAAGCAACAACUUAAUAAAGAUGUUUUCAACUAGCCCUGGGCCCACAUCAUCUGAUAUAGAGAAUCAAACGGCUGUAAUUCAUCAAGAACGUACAAUCUUGAACGGAAUUACCGGCAUGGUUUCACCAGGUGAAAUCCUAGCCGUUCUUGGACCAUCAGGUAGUGGUAAAUCAACGCUCCUAAAUGCACUUGCAGGAAGACUCCAAGGACACAACUACACCGGAACAAUCCUCGCGAAUAACCGGAAACUUACCAAACAAGUCUUAAAACGAACCGGGUUCGUUACACAAGACGACGUCCUUUACCCACACUUAACGGUUCGAGAAACUUUAAUCUUCUGUGCACUCCUCCGAUUACCCAACUCCCUGAACCGGAACGAAAAAAUAGCCGUCACUGACUCGGUAAUUACCGAGUUAGGUCUCAAUAAAUGUGAAGAUACAAUCAUUGGAAACAGCUUUAUUCGUGGAGUUUCAGGCGGUGAAAGAAAGCGAGUCAGUAUAGCUCAUGAAAUGUUAAUAAACCCGAGUUUACUAAUACUGGAUGAACCGACGUCCGGUUUAGACGCUACAGCGGCUUACCGGCUGGUGUCGACACUGGGGUCAUUAGCGAAAAAGGGGAAAACGAUAAUUACGUCGGUUCACCAACCGUCGAGCCGGGUUUUUCAAAUGUUUAACUCGGUUUUGGUUUUGUCGGAAGGGAGGUGUUUGUAUUUUGGAAAAGGAAAUGAAGCUAUGAGUUAUUUUGAGUCGGUUGGGUUUUCUCCAUCUUUUCCCAUGAAUCCAGCUGAUUUCCUCCUUGAUCUCGCUAAUGGGGUUUGCCAGUUUGAUGGAGUAAGUGAGAAAGAUAAGCCUAAUGUAAAACAAACUUUGAUAUCCACUUACAACAAUGUGUUAGCUCCAAAGGUGAAAGCAGCUUGUUUGGAAACAACCAACAUAGUUCCUAAAGAAAUCAUGAACAAGGGAGCCUAUACUUGUUCUAGUUCUAAAAGAAGUUGCACAAGUUGCAUUUCCAAUUGGUUCAAUCAAUUUAGCAUUCUCCUUCAAAGAGGGCUAAAGGAAAGACGACACGAGACGUUCAAUUAUUUGAGAGUCUUUCAAGUAAUUGCAGCCUCUCUAUUAGCUGGUUCAAUGUGGUGGCAUUCUGAUUAUAGGGAUAUACAGGACAGGCUUGGCCUCCUCUUCUUCAUUUCCAUCUUUUGGGGUGUUUUCCCAUCGUUUAAUGCUGUUUUCGCGUUCCCUCAAGAACGUGCUAUAUUCAUGAAGGAAAGGGCUUCCGGUAUGUACACACUCUCCUCUUAUUUCAUGGCGCGAAUUGUUGGAGAUCUACCUAUGGACCUUAUCUUGCCUACAUUGUUUCUUACCAUAACGUAUUGGAUGGCCGGGCUAAAGCCACAACUCUUGGCAUUCCUUUUGACACUACUAGUCCUGUUGAGCUACGUGAUAGUGUCACAAGGCCUCGGCCUAGCUCUUGGCGCUAUAAUCAUGGAUGCUAAACAAGCUUCAACCGUGAUCACUGUCACGAUGCUAGCAUUUGUUCUAACGGGAGGGUUCUACGUACACAAAGUGCCAGCUUGUCUAGCUUGGAUCAAGUACAUUUCAACCACAUUUUACAGUUAUCGACUACUUAUCGAUGUCCAAUUUGGCGAAGGCAAGGAAAUUUCAGACUUGCUAGGCUGCUCACAUAUUCAAGGAAGUGACAGAGCUAACUGCAAAUUUAUUGAACAAGAUAUCAUGGGCCAAAUUCAUCCAUCCAUGAGCCUUGGAAUCCUUCUGAUAAUGUUUGUUGGAUAUCGAUUAAUCGCUUACCUUGCAUUAAGGCGAAUUCGAGCAUAAACAAAGGGAUAAUGGGAAGUUUCUGACUUUAUUAGAUGAUGAAAUGUGUUAGCUAGCUUUGUGGGAAUACUAUAUAUAGUUGUUGAGUACUGUGACUGACAAAGCUGGGGAAAAUUCAAAGUGUAUUAUAAGAGGGAAAAGUCCUGAGAGAUGUUGUAAUUCACUUGCACCUAAAACUGGUGAAAGGCCAGAAUUCAUUGUUGUAACUCAUAUUGAGUACAAUUAAUGGUACUCAAAAACAGGAGUUUCACUCCAAUGAAAUGGAAAUUUAAUUUCUUCA